GGCGCCGCUGCGUGCCAUCGUGGAGAAUUCGUGCGGGCUGGCGCGGUGGCUUCGAGAUCUACUACCACCCCUUGCAGCAGAACUGCUGCGACUUCGCAGCGACCUUUUUGGUCCUUGCAGAGGAGAAGACUGAGAAGGUGGAGGGCGAGGAGGGCGACGAGGCACAACCCGGUCCACGCCUUCCGGAGGAGCUUGGCGUCGAACCAACAGAGGGCCUGUUGUCCGGCAACGAGGAGCGCGACAUCCGCCUCAGCUUCCGUUCCGCCAGGGCCGCGCAGUUCAGCGCCUCGCUACUCCUGGAGAGCCGCGAUGCCGAAGGCUUGAACAGCUGGCAGCAGGCCGCGAAGCUGAGUGUGGCCGCCGAGUCCUUUGCCGUAGAUGCCGUGAUCGAGCCCGAUCCACGUGAG